CGUCGCGAGUGCAAUCGCGGCAGACAUUUCUGGCCUCGAGUGCAAUCGAGGCAGCCGAUACUUACUCAGUUACUGCUUGCCGCAACUUGCAGCAGAUAAAAGCAGAGGAAUUUGAGAGGAGAGACAAAAGUGAAAGUACGUCGUGCAAAGAUGGAGACGCUUGAGAAAGAUGGGAUUGAGCCAAAGGCAGAGCCUUUUGCAGCUUCGGUUCGCUCUCCCCGCAAAGCCGUCCCUGCAGGGGCUUUGAUCAUCGACCUAGACGAGGAAGAUGAGUCCGCGGGUCAAGGGGUGACCCAGCUGGAAGAGGCAAGCGGUCAAAACAUGGAGACCGAGGUGGCGCAAAAUGUUCCAACGCUAGUUCCUAAUAAGCGAGCUGGCGAUGGGGAUGAUUUGCAGCAGCCUGCGCAAAAGAAGCAGAAGGGGCUGGCUCCUGCGCGCGCGCCAGCUAGGAAGACUCUAGCAUACACGGAGACUCUUGCAACUAGAAGGGACUGGAAGAAGCGUCGGGAGGGGGCAGAGGGCCAAAGUGGCCCAAGCGUGGAGGUUGAGAGGAGGGCGCCGGUUGCUUCAUCAGAAGGGUCACCGUCUCGAACAGAAUCGGCUGCAGUUGACACUCCGCUUCAGCGGGAGGUGGCUCGAGGGGCGGGGCAGGGGCUGGUGUCAGUGCAGAGUGGGGGCUUGAGGGUGUGCCGGCUGGACGUCACGCCCCCCAUGCGAGCCGGUGUCAAUGUCUCAGCCUUCUACCCUACUCUGGAGCGGGUCGUGACUGAGUAUGCAGACAACUCAAUCGCUGCCAUUCUGCGGAUGCUGGCAGAUAGAGCGGCCAUUGUUGGAAGCAACGUGUGGGUGAAGUUCGAAGGGUCAACACUGGAAGUUGGGGACGAUGGCCCAGGCAUGACGCUCGACCAGUUCAAGAAGGCGAUCAAACUGAGCGGAACAGGCAGAGGUCAGCGGAGCAAAGAAGAGAUCCGAGCGCAGGUUCAAAAUCAGAAACCCCCGAUGGGUCGCAACUCCACUUCGGCUUCGAGCGGUCAGUACGGGUACGGGCUGUUUGCGGGGUUUGCGGUGGCCAAGGAAAUUACGAUAAUGACGAAGGCGGAGGGCAGCCCGACUCUGACUUGCCAUCUGAAGAAGGAGAUCUGGGACUCGAUGGACACGUCGUGGCAAGUCCCCUACGACGAGGGCGGCAGCCUCUUCCGCAACGCCCCGCACGGCACGCACAUCGUCCUCCACCUCACCAACGACUACCACUACACCCGCGAACGCUCCGAACAGCUCCGCGCCGCUCUCUGCGCCGUGUGCUCCCCGUUCGCCGACAUCGAGAAGGGACUGCCGUCCACGCUUCCGCCGCUGUUUGAGGGGGGAAAGCCGAAGGAAAAACAGCAGUUGGAUAAGACGCUAGGGGAGAAGUUCCGGAGCUUGAAACGUCAGCCGAUCGUGGUGACGUUCAACAUGACGAAGCUGUUUGAGGAGCGGGAGGCGCGGAUGGCCAAUCUGGAGGUGGCGCUCAGCACGAUCGACAACAACCCGGGCCUGGUGCGACUGCCCCUCACCUCCUUUCUGGAGAAGACGGCGAUGGUGUGCAUAGGGACAAUCAACACCGUCCUGGGGCGGCCCUGCAUUCCCAACUACGCCAGCCUGUACCCGGACAUGUUCCAGGUCGUGUGGCAGCACCGAGGCGGCAUUGCGGGCUACACCCCCAAGAACAUCAGGUCAAAACGCAUUGACACGACUCUUUUCUCCAGCGAGCAGCUCAUGCUGAUGUCUUCCUCCCUCCGUUAUCGGUUUUGGACGGAACGGGAUUGGAGUGAUGGGGAAUGGAACGAGAAAUUCUUGGGGAUCGGCGCGAUUGUCCCUUCCCGGAAAAGAGCGUCUCCGGGGGGUCAUUUUCCUGGGGGAGCACUACCGGCCGAUGCCCCCCAAGGACAAGAUCGCGUCGGACUGCCCCCUCUGGAGACGCUGACGAAGGGAGUCGACGAGUUCACGCGCCGGAACGUGGAGGAACUUCUGGAGUACUUUGCGCAGUUCGACAGCAGCGUCAACUUCGACGAACUAGACCGGGAGGAGGACGGUGUCAAGUACUUCAAGAAGGCGACCAUCACUAUGGAUGGGUCCACUUCGGAGGUCCGCCUGAACGCCAUUCUCCGUAGCUCGGGCCGCGACGGCAACAUGGUGAGCCUGCGCGCGCUGCGUGAGGACGCUGCGGGGGAGCGUUCGGCGCAGGUGUCGCUGCUGACAUGUCGUGGCGUGCGGGACGAGGUGGAUGACAUCAGCGUUGAGUGGCUGAUGAAGAGCCAGGUCGUGAAGAAGAAGGCGGCGGAGACGUACCGCAAGACGCUGCCCUCAGAGGCCACGUGCGAGGUCGACAGCAAGCCUGCGGGUCCCAAGGGCAACGUCCGGCUGCGCCUCGGCCUCAAGAGCGCGCACCCGGAACGAAUCCACCUUCCCGCCAACAUCACCGCCACCGUUCUCUGCAAUGGGAAGAUCGUCGAUCACGUCACAUUUGAGAACGAGACCGAGAGCCUGCACGCACAAGUGCCGGCACGCGCGGGCCCGGCCCAGUUCACACUGCAAAUCAAUGGCUGGGACAUCAAGACGAAUCCGCGGUGUGAAAAAGCCCGGGUUCAGGUGCCCCCCGGCCCAGCAGAGAAGCCGGUGCUGAGAGUGGAGGCGGAGAAGCGGGUUAGGAGCGGGGAGCCGAUAACCCUGAAGGUUAGCUUCAAGGACGACACUGGGGAGGACCAGGCGAAGCUUCCCAGGGGGGUCGAAGUGACGGCGGUUGUGAAGGGGAAGAAGUCGACUCGAGGUGGGGAGGACCCCCCCGAAGUGGAAGUGGGGGGCGUGAAGAUUGACCAAAAGGAUCGGAGGACGGCGGUGGUUACGGGGACGUUGAAAGGUCCGGCGCAGACCGUGACGCUGUUGGUCGACAUCAAAUGGAAGGGCGAGAAGGAGGACGGGAAGGAACGGGUUAAGGUGACCCUGGAGUUAACCCCGGGGCGGCCAACCGGGUUAACGGUGCUGGCGCCCGAGGACCUGGUGGUGGAGAACGGGGGGGAGCUCGGGGGGUUGGUUUUCGGGUUAUCGGACGGGUUCAACCAGCUGGAAGACGCCGCCGAGGUCACGCUGACGUCGGAUGACGUCAGCUUCGAGGGCCAGGCACGGAGGAAGGUCCGGCGGGGGGGGAGCGUGCGGGUCAGUUGCCUAGAGGGGCGGGGGGAGGAAACGGGGGAGGGAAUCCGGGAGUGCAAAGCGACGGCGGUUUACAAGGAGAAGGGGAAGAACGGGCAGGAGUUGAGCGUGGAUUUCGUUCUGAGGGUGCUUCCUGGAAAGGUGCCGAAAACGCUAGGGUUUGAGAUACCAGAGGAGGGGGGUAAGGUUUCGAGAGUCUCAAGCGGGGGGCGAGUCUUCGCUGAGGGAGAUUUGAAGGCGUUUGUGUUGGGAGAGACGGGAGAACGGGUGCCGAUGAAAACGCCGGAUGCUUUCAGCGUCCGGUGGAAGCACCUCGGGCGCAGGGGGGCCUCUUCCGGGCAGAAUCCACCCCCCCCGGUGAAAGCGGCGCGGUUUUCUAACGACGACGCCAUCCAGGCGGUGUUCCCGGAGGUUAUGGCGCCGGCGGCGAUCGGGCAGUACGAGCUGCUAUUGGAGGUGGACGAUAAACUAUCGGAGCCGCCGCUGCAGAUGUGCGAGACGGUGGCGCCGCACAUGGCGGUGGUUGCGGGGCCUCCGGCGAAGAUCAUAACGCAUGGGGGCCCGAAGAAGAACCAGCAGUUCGACGCGACGAGAUGCAUGCUUAUCAACAGCGUGACGAUCUCCGUAGUCGACGCCGCCGGAAACAAGUGUGAAGAACUAGAGUCGGAGAUUCCGCUCCGCCUCACCUUGACGCCUGGCGCCAAAAACCCGGACGCAAAACCGCCCACUUUGGAGCUCCUCCCGAGGGAUCCCUCUAGUAAGGAUUCUGGUGCCAAUCCGCGGGAUCUGAACGACCUCCGCAUGACGCCGUUUGAAGACCGGUUGAACCUGCACAAUAAGGUUAAGCUUAACCAGGACGGGUCAACCGGGUUCUUCGACUGGCGGGUGGAAGCGGACAGGCUCGAGGCGUUCUCGUCGCCAAUCUACUACAUCAACGACUCCGAGCUGUCGGCUGCCGCUGAGGAGGAGCGCGCUCUCCAGGCCAAGGUGCGCGCCGUGUCUGAGCGCGCGGCCGAGAUCGAGCACGAGCUGCAGGAGGUGCGGAAAGAGGAUGGAGAGCGGGUGGCCAGGAUUACCAUGCUCCGGGCGCACUUGCGAGAGCGCGAAGUUGAGGUAGAGUCAGCCGAACAGGCUUUCACGCAGUACGGCCAACGAUUCCAAGCCCACUUCUCCCCACUUCUCCCUGCGGACGUCCCCCUCACUCCGGACAACCUCGAUGCCGUCCGGUUCCGGAUCGACGAACGGAUUGCCGAGGAGCAGAGCGCCCUACAGGGGCCCCAGCUGGGCGAUGACGUCAGCAACGGUCCGCAGACGUCCCUCGUGCGGCGGGUCCGGGCGCUCAAGCGCCAUCUCGGACCGUACGGGGUUGUCGGGGUUCUGGGCGAUUUGGCGCAAGCCGACGAGCCGCGCGUCUGCCGGGCGUUGGCGUCGCUCGUUUUCGGCCCCCAGAAGCUCUGCUGGCUGGUCGUCAGGAAUCAAGAAGCGAAAGACGCGUGCAUAAAGUUCUUGAAGGGCCGGAAUGAUCGGUAUGGGGACAUCCCGUUCAUGCGGUUUGACGGGUUUGCGCGGCCGCACAACCCGGGGCCGAACCCGCGCUUCGACGGGUGCAUCGGUUACGCGGCUAACCUGGUGCGGUUACCGAGUGACAUCCCCCCCGAAACGAAAAAGGACCUCGAGGCGGUAGUUCGCAACGCGUGCCGAGAUACGCUGCUGUUCGAGACCGGGGCGGCUGCGCUGGAGUACAAGGCGUUCAUUCUGGGGAGGGGCAGAACUGGGGGGAUCCCUCGGAUGGUUUCGUUAGAUGGGUGCCGGUUAGAGUCGAAUGGGGUGGAGUUUGAGGGAGGGGGUGAGGACGUGAGGAUGAAUUACAGCCUGGCGCAAUGUCAUUCGGAGGGCCUGGAGACACUGAGCCAAGCGCGGCGGGCGUUGUCGGAACUGAGAGAGCUUCAAGAGCGGUUCGGCCGUGCGCUGGCCACCCAGCAGGCUUGGAACGCCCCGGGAGGCGAGGCGGAGCGGAUUCACACCGAGAUUUCGACGCUGGAACACGAGAGAGUUGGGCCCCGGGCACAAGUGGCAACACUGUCGGAACAGCUGAAGGGACUUAGCGAGGAACAGGCGAGCAUCUACGUCGAUCUGAAGCGGGUGCAAGCCUCGAUGCAAAAGACGCCGGUCAAUCCGCCAACGCCCACCAAAAAGACGUCAGCUACAAAGCGGGGCGGUCGUAGAAGCUAGUUGGAAGAAGCAAUUAGGCGGCAGCGUUUUCCAUGGUGCUAAUGAUGCGGAUUGGCGUCUUGUGGAGAUCGGGGUCAGUCAAAGUCAGUCGUGCUUGGUAUGCGCAGGUUAUAAGCGCCCGUCCAUAACGUUGUGUGCUUGUUGAUAUAAGUAGUUUGUUCUUGCUGCGGUAUAAUACUGCAACGAAUUCUGCGGUCAGUACAGCAAUGUCCUACUGGCGGUAAAUUAGAUGGAAGGCUAUUAGGGCAACUACACGUAAAACGUAAGGUAAAUAUAGACGCUUUGCGGUUUCGGAAGCCUUUUUUUGGAAGACGGUUAACAUUACCUGCACAAAUCUGCAAUGGAGUAGCCGGUAUUCAGAAGUGCUCCGGGUCGUUUGCACGUGUUGAGUAAUGCUACCAGUUGUUGGAAUUGUAAUGACUUGUUGUAAGACCGGCCAUUAUGUAGCCUAAACAAGAUGUAUCGGGCUGUCCAUUGAACUAUCCUGGGGGAUAAUUGUGCGGAU